UUCGAGUGUCACUGUCAGGCUUGAAGUUGCAGGUCCGGUUGCACAUACAUGACGUACAUUGAUGGAUGGAUUUCCCCAAGACAUGCAACUUGAUUCAUUGUCCAUGAAUCAUGGAGAGAUAAGACACAUUUCUUCAUGCAUCCCGCUGCGAGAAGUACUUGCUUGCCAAAUAAGUACGUAAUUUCCCGUCGCCAAGCAAGCAAGUGCCAAACGUCAUAAACUCGCAUAAACCGCGUAGGGCCUGCACGCAGUCAGUGGCAGUAUACCCGCUGCAAAGUUGUUUGACCUGUGGUUUAUAACAGCAGUGGCACUGCAUUGCUUUCUAGUUCUACAAAUCGUGUCACAGAUUGGCAGUCAUGAAGGGGCCUGGUCGUGCAUGCUUUGUGUUCCUGGUGACAGGUCUGAUAUUAUCACUGCUUGUGACAUCUACCUUGUGUGAUUGUGCACCUCCAUGUUGUGAUCAUCCUUGUUCAUCAAACUUUCCAGGGGCAGAUCGAUGUGAAUCUGUAGCUGUAGGAGGCUGUGGACACAUCCCUGAACGCAGUGCACCACCGUCAGCGCCAACAGGCCUCAUGAUCACAGAUUUUGUCCACCCGUUUCGUGGAACGACGACGCUAGGCAUGAACAUAACAUGGCAUCUUCCUGAAAACGUUACCGGAUUGAGGGGUUUCUAUGUACACGUUAUCAAGACAAGUUACGUUGUCGGUGCUCAGUAUUGCAAACAAGUCAACUUUACACCUUUGAGCGAGGCUCCUAUCAAUCCAUCAGAGGUCACCUUCUCAAUAGAUUGUUGGAAAGAUAUAGACGUAGAUGGGACGUAUGACGUCACAGUGACAUCGUUAGACUCCGGCAAGUCCAUCACACGAUCGCACCAUGCAAAGAGUUGCAAUGAGGUUCCUGAAGUUGGGGGCUGUCUCAAUUGCUCAGGGGAAAAUUGUAAACCACUUCCAUCACCUGAAGAUUGGCAUCCUGCUCAUCCAACUGCAAGUGUAGCCUUUGAGGACCAAGUGUGGAUCAUCAGAGUGUUUUUUCACAUCUACCCUGGCAAUUUAUGGUUGAUAUAUCGGGUUAACCUUUACUCAUAUGAGUUGGGAAUUGUUCCAGACAACUUUUCCCAUUUUGUCAACUCAAGUGGCCAUUCUGGACUGAUGAUGCAUGAGUUUCGAGAUGUCGAGCCCGGCCGUUAUAAAGUGAAGGUCAAGAUUUUCCCCGGAGAUACCUGGCAAGUUUCGUCAAAUGAUGUCAACAUCACUGCCCUCAGCCCCGUGGUUACCACACCAAUGUCCAUGACAACUCCAAAAGAGGAAAGAUCGAACUCGGGACCCAUCAUCAAAGACAUUCCAACAACCAUCGGAGUUUUCUUGAGCGUGUUGUUUGCCAUCUUGCUCCUAGUUGGACUGGUGGUGUGGGGGGUGCGGAAGAAACGACGCGGUACCGGAUUGAGUGCCUCCACGGGGGAUUUCACUGGUGGUGUCACGCCGCAUUUUGACGACAGGUCUAAUCUGCCCAACAACAUGCUCCAUGAAGAGGACAAAGUAGUCAAGGACGGGCAGCAUAAAGUGAACGGUUACGAGUGGACUGAGGGUAGCGUUGGCGAUCUGUGUUGUUCUGCAGACUAUGACAGUCAGUUUGACGACCGGUACAUCGACCCCAAACCCCGAGUUCACAAGCUGGACAACAUCGACGAUUUCGACCCGUCUGAGUUGGUCUCAAUUGCUAACAUGUCAGGGGAAACAGUGUAAAAACAAAUAUAUACAAAAACCAGGCCGUAAAAUGUCUGGUAUCUGGACUUCAGUGGGCCAUGUCACAUCAGGCAAUUGGCAGGCAACUUGUUCCAGGCAAUCUUCAAAAAGACUGGCACACUUGCGUUGUGUAAGUUUCGGAACAAUUUACGUUGAGCUAUUUGAAAACUGUGCUUAGCUCUUUUCAGUGGUGCGUUUACAUGUAAAUUGUAACGAUGGUUGCCUCAAAGUUACCAGUGAAACUUGCCUUGUGCAACCUUGACAACCCGACCCUACAAAGUCCAAGCCGGUAACAGGAAAUAAAUAGUGACAGGAACGACUGGAUUUAUAAUAUUAAAGAAAAGACAAAUAGUAACUCAAAUCGGGUACAGGGUUACAUGUAUCAGAGAUGCCACUUUUCAGGUUUUAACCUGAAUUCAGGGUGGUUUUUUUUUCAAAAAAAUGUGACAAAUUAAAAGUGCUGGAUUUGGUCUGAAACAUCCAGAAAACAGAUUUUUGAAAGGGAGUAAGGGUAGUUUCAGGGUUUUUAGUACCGUAGUUUUUCAGGCUUAGUACGGUAUUUUUUUUCAGGUUUUUAUUGAUAUAUUGGUGGCAUCUCUGAUGUAUACAUGUUCAUCUCAGGUUCUGUUGAGGAUGCCUGAAUUUAAAGUGCACGUAGGCACUUGUCGGUAUAACUAUAAGGGAAAAGAAAUAGAAUGUAGUUUUUGUCCAAAAUGACAAAAAUUUCAUUCAGAAAGAGAAACUCUGUUGAAGUAGUAUUUCAUUUUCUCGAUUUUGAGAAAAUUUCAUUCAGAAAGAGAAACUCUGUUGAAGUAGUAUUUCAUUUUCUCGAUUUUGAGAAAAAUUGUUGCGUCGGUUUCCAAUCCUAAACAAUGAGUAUUUUUACCGUUAACUGCAGCUACAGCAGACAUUAAAAUAUAAAGAAAUGUAAGCAUGAACAAAAA